UUAUCUCUUCUCUCUGUAAAGCAAAAUAAAAUACAGAGUUUUAUUUUACAUUUGUACUACACUAGAACAGAUGGGAUCAAUGCAUGCACUUGAUUCAUUUGUGCUCAGUCGACCUAAUCGAUGCAAAUCCUUAAUGAAUUUGUUCUUCAAAACUCCCAGUUCUAGAUCAUAUCGAUUACCCGUUUCUUCUCUCUCCAUUUCCGCAAUUCUCACCAAAGAAAUGGAACAAGAAACCUCUCUGUUUGAUUUCAAAACAUACAUGUUUCAGAAAGGAGAUUCUGUUCAUCGAGCCCUAGACGAUGCCAUCAUACUAAAAACCCCACUCAAAAUCUGCGAAGCAAUGCGUUACUCUCUCCUCGCCGGCGGCAAGAGGGUCCGGCCAAUUCUCUGCAUAGCCGCCUGCGAACUCGUCGGAGGACUGGAAUAUCAAGCGAUGCCGGCUGCAUGCGCUGUGGAGAUGAUCCACACCAUGUCUCUCAUUCACGACGACCUACCCUGUAUGGAUAACGACGAUCUCCGCCGUGGAAAACCGACCAACCACAAGGUUUUCGGUGAAGACAUAGCGGUUCUGGCUGGGGACGCUUUGCUCGCGUUCGCCUUUGAGCACUUGACAACAGCUACAUCAUCCGACGUCUCGCCGGAGAGGAUUUUAGAUGCGGUUGGGGAGUUGGCAAAAUCAAUUGGGACUGAUGGUUUGGUGGCGGGGCAAGUUGUGGAUAUUGACUCAACUGGGGUUGUGGAUAUCGGGUUAGAACUUCUUGAAUUCAUCCACAUUCAUAAGACGGCGGCGUUACUAGAGGCUGCGGUGGUGCUCGGAGCAACUAUGGGCGGCGGAGAUAAAGAGGAGAUUGAGAAAUUGAGGAAAUAUGCUAGGUGUAUUGGGUUGUUGUUUCAGGUUGUGGAUGAUAUUUUGGAUGUGACAAAAACUUCGUCAGAGUUGGGGAAAACUGCCGGAAAAGAUAUAGCUAUGGGGAAGACGACUUAUCCGAAGUUAAUGGGGAUUGAGAAAUCUAGGAAAUUUGCAGAGGAGUUAAUGAAAGAAGCAAUUGAUCAACUUUCUGGGUUUGAUUCAGAGAAAGCAGCCCCUUUGAUUGCUUUGACUCAUUAUAUUGCUUAUAGACAGAAUUAAAAAGAGAGAAAGUUGAAAAGAUUUCAUGUUUGAUCAUAAAAUGUUCUGUUUUAUGUUGAAUAAGUAAGACAAUCUGGUUCUUUUUCUGUGUUUGUUUAACUGUUCUGAAAACUUUGUUUUUCUUUGUUGUUGUUGGAAACAUGUUUGAUUUAUUAGAUAUGGUAUGUUUUUUAUUUAUGGUGUUAUUAUUGUC